CUCUACGAUACUGACAAUGAUCCAUGGUCAAAUACUAUACCGGAAACGGGAACCCUUCUUCACGAAUUUCUGUACAUAUGGACAAACUUUGGGAGAAAGUGAAAGCAAACUUUCUCUCGUGUCCACUCCACAUGCACACUCAAAUCAAAACAUCUCCAUCGAUUCACAUACCCAUUUUCCUUCGGUUUGUGUCGGUCCGCACACAAGAUUUUCAAGGUCCACAUUUUGUCAACGAGCCCUUACAUAUUAAACACGCACGUACUCCAACCUAGUGUCCAUUUCGCCUCAGAUACAUAAACACGGCCUGAAAUCGUGACCGAUUUUUACUCCAGAUAAUACACAUUUCUUUCUGAAUGAGAACAUAAAAUGUUUGCGCCCAUUCCAUCCGUCUGGUUGCUGAUAACGUGCGCAUUUUUGAUCACAUCUACUGCCACAUUUUCCGUGGAGGACACAAAAAUCAUUGACAAUCUUCUAGCCAACUAUUCUGGAAAGGUUUUGCCUUAUGAUCGCAAUGGAACCCAUCCAACCAUCGUGACCGUUAACAUAUUGGUCACAUCAAUAACGGACAUUGAUCAAGUUAAAAUGACUUUCACUGCACAACUAACAUUUAGAAUGGAAUGGUAUGACGCCCGUCUCAAGUAUAACGAGAGCACGAAAGAUGUACCACGGUACCUCUCAAUUCCUCCCCAGUUUGGUAAAAAAUUAUGGAAACCGGACUUGCACUUUGCCAAUGAACAACAACACUGGAAACACGAUGUUUUUGUGGCAAACGAAUUUUAUCGAGUUUAUGCAAACGGAGAAAUCUUAUACAGCACAAGAGCAUCAAUAAAAUUCACUUGUCCCAUGGAUUUGCGACUAUUUCCAUUCGACAAGCAAACAUGCCCUAUUGAAUUUUCAAGCUUUGGACACACAAAUGAAUACCUGAUUCUAAAAUGGCAUGAGCAUGCCCCGCUACAAAUUCCGAGUGAUUUGACCAUCGACUAUAAUUUCAAUCUGGACGACUUUUCGACCAAUUAUUGCCACGAAGCGACCCACACAGGUGUUUACAGCUGUCUCCGUGCGGAAUUCAUAUUCGGUCGUAAAUCCUUCCGCUACCUGCGUGACUCUUACGCACCAAUGGUUAUCUCCAUCCUGCUAAUCUGGACGUCCACGUGGAUAAGCUCAUCCGACCUGGGAGGCAUCCUAGCCCGAGCCCUGCUGCUCGGAGGAGCCACUUUCUACUGUAAAUGGUCCACCUCGAAAUAUGCGUCCCUUGUCCCUUACAUGACCACGUGGGACAUGUGGGACACCUCCUGCACUGGAUUCAUUGUCGUCGCAAUAGUAGAAUUUGUGCUGGUGGUUGUACUCCAUUCUGAAUCUCCAGGAAAGAAGAACACGUGCCGGGGAAGGAUUGAUAUCGCAAUCAGAUUACUUUAUCCGAUCGGAUUCGUACUAUUUGCCGUUACCUAUUUCGCCAUUUAUGCAAAGUGGGAGAAACAGGAGGAUGUCGAGGAGGACGAUAAUUAUUUGGACGGUGACUAACAAGGAUUUUCAAAGCUUAAAUUAUAACUGGUUUUGUUACGCUAAAAAAAUUUUGACUUUAAUUAAAGUAGGCAAACACAUGUAGUUAAUUGUAGUUACAUACAUAGAUAAUUAUCUAA